GCCGGUCGGUUUCGACGCUACACUUGUGUAAGCUAUAGUGACAUUUGCCCGGUUCUUCUUUAUUUACUUUUGUGUUUUCAACUUUUUUGGUGGAAUUUUCGAAAAACUAACGAAAAUGGAUGGAUACAAUGAUGAUCAUAGGCUCGCAAAUGACGCGAUGAGGGAGGAAAGAGAUCUUCAAGGUGCUGGUGGCGGCGGUCACCUAAGAAACAACGCUUACACUAAUCCAACAUUAACCACAAGUAUCGAUAUUGAAAAGAAUACUCAUUUCAAAGGCAGCAACGAUUUCAUCUUGGACGAUGGCAAAAGUACUUCAGUAAGGGACCUAGUCAGUGCCGCUGGUCCAUGGGUGACCAAAAAAGUACAGAACGCUUGCACCAAAAAAAUGCUCUAUAAAAGGCUACCUAUCCUGAAUUGGCUACCUAAAUAUAAAGGUGAAGAUGCCAUUGGUGAUGUGGUGGCAGGCAUAACAGUAGGCUUAACUGUGAUACCUCAGGCUCUGGCCUAUGCAAAUAUUGCUGGGCUGCCAGCCCAAUAUGGUCUUUAUAGUUCUUUCGUUGGUUCGUUUAUUUACAUCUUCCUUGGCAGUUGCAAGGAUGUGCCAAUGGGUCCCACCGCCAUCGCUUCACUUCUCACAUAUCAAGCCAUCCAUGGUCUAGGUCCCGAACAUGCUGUACUUUUAUGUUUUCUUACGGGUAUCGUGCAAUUAGCCAUGGGACUAUUUGGUUUAGGUUUUCUUAUAGACUUUGUAUCUGGGCCGGUGUCAUCAGGUUUCACAUCAGCAGUAGCUUUAAUCAUUGUUACAUCACAAGUUAAAGAUGUUCUGGGCAUAAAAGCUAGUGGAAACACCUUUGUUGACACCUGGCACAGUAUUAGUAAGGAUAUUCACAACACCAAUGCAUGGGAUACAGUAUUCGGCAUUUCGUGCAUUGCAGUAUUAUUGAUAAUGAGAAUCAUAGCAACUAUUAAAAUUGGUCCUGGCCCAGAGGACGAAAAAGAGCCGACCACAUUUCAGAAAGUCUUCAACAAAACGCUUUGGCUCAUUGGUACAGCUAGAAAUGCAAUUCUGGUUGUUGUUGGUGGUUUCAUCGGUUACUCAUUCUGCCAAAACGGAGAGCCCCCAUUUAAAGUCAUAGGGGACGUGCCUCAAGGAUUGCCCGAAUUUCAAGCUCCACCAUUCGGCAUGUCAGUAGAGAAUAAUGGCACGACUGUCACCACAAGCUUCACUCAAAUGAUGAGUAACAUGGGAUCUGGAAUUAUAGUAGUGCCUUUAAUUGGUGUCCUGGAAAACAUUGCUAUUUGCAAAGCCUUCGCUAACGGUAAAUCCAUUGACGCAACUCAAGAACUAUUAGCAAUAGGCGUUUCAAACAUAGCAAACUCAUUCGUGCAAGCCUUCCCAGGAACAGGUUCUCUUUCUAGAAGCGCAGUCCAAAAUUCUAGCGGAGUACGUACUCCUCUCUGUGGUUUAUACACAGGACUUCUUGUUAUGUUAGCCCUAUUGUUUUUCACUCCGUACUUUUACUACAUCCCCAAAGCAACACUAGCUGCUGUGAUUAUUGCUGCUGUUGUUUUUAUGGUAGAAGUUAAGGUUGUUAAGCCUAUGUGGAGAUCUAAGAAAAGUGACUUGAUACUAGGAGUUGCUACUUUUAUUGCUUGUCUGGUACUACCUCUAGAACUUGGAAUACUCAUUGGAGUGGGUAUAAACCUACUCUUUAUUUUGUAUCAUGCUGCAAGGCCUAAAAUCUCCGUCGAACGACUGAAAACACAAAGUGGAAUCGAGUACUUGAUGUUGACUCCUGAUCGUUGUUUGAUCUUCCCUUCAGUUGACUACGUACGGAAUAUAGUGACCAAGAACUCAAUUAGACAAGCACUUCCUGUUGUUAUUGACUGUUCUCAUAUUUAUGGUGCUGACUAUACUGCUGCUACAGUCAUAGAAACAUUGACACAAGAUUUUGCAGCCAGAAAGCAGCCGUUGUUUUUCUUUAAUCUGAAGCCAGCGGUCAGUUCAGUCUUUGAAGGACUGUCACCCAAAGAAUUUGUUGUAUAUUACAACGAAGAUACUAUUGAUGAUUUGCUAAAAGAGACUUCCUAUUGGAAAAAACAACAAAUAACUUAACACGUACGAGAUUUUUUGAAUAGUUUAGAAUUUAGAAAAUUUCCUUGAAAUGCCUGUAUAAGCUCAAAAAAUUAGAAAUGUAUAUAUAGUAUUUUGUGUAUAUAGUAUUCUAUUUAUGUUAACUAUUCCUGAUUUCCAAGUAUUAAUUUAUUCAAUUCGUAUUUUUAUACUAAAUGUGUGUAGGAUACUUUAGAAUGUACUUAGACUUAAUACUCUGUGAUAUUAAAUUUUAAAUCAAUCUUC